CCCUCCUCUCCUCUCCUCCCCCUUUGUUGCACUAUGAGCGACGAGGGACCGGCUGUGCUGGUGGCUGCCUUCCGGACUGAGCUGGGGGAGACACAGGUGCCGAGCGGGCCACGACCUGUGGCUGCCCCGUCGACCGAGAACGCUGUGGUGGCUGCUCAGGCGGUGGAUGUGGUCAUCGGACCGGGUAUGCUUCCCGGAUGGGAGGAUGGGCGACCGGUGGUGGCACGGACUGGCUUUAUACGUGGCGCUCGGGCUCCGUCAGUCGUCGCCCGGCCGCUGGCCACCGUGUCGGACGCCUGGAUGGUGGUGACGGUGGCGAAGGUCAAGGACAAGGCCUGCGGACUGGUAGCAGGUGCGCUCAAGAAGCCCAAGCUCCGCUGGGUCGCCGUCGUCAAGGAGCAUCUCUUUGUUCUUCGCGAUCUGGCUGACUACUACGCCAAGCAGUCACUCAAGCGCGCCGCCAAGAUCAUCCUCCCGCUCCGCGAGUGCGAGCUGCUGGAGGACGCUCCAGGCUCGAUUGACAAGGAGUAUGCCGACUGCAUGGAGGGUGCCGCCGUUGCCGAGGACGAGGCGUCUCGUAAGGCUGAGAUGGAGCGGAUGAACGCGGCCAUGGCGUCUACCACACCGCACGCCUCUGCCCGCCACCGCCCUCGCCGAUCCCGCCGCCGUGCACGCGGUGGCGACCGGCCCGAUACCCUCCCUGUCUCUCGCCACACUCACACCUUUGAGCUCCGCCGAGGCAACAAGGUCUUUGUCUUUGGCCUGCCGACCGACGCCCUGCGUCGCACCUGGGUUAAGGCCCUCCAUGUCAUCAUCACCAAGCCAUGACGCCCUCUACCCG